CAUCUCAGCUUGUUCAAUGCUUCUAUGUUAGUCUGACUACAUUCCCUCAAGCUUUUUUGAUAAAGUUUGGCAUCAUAUUGUCAUCAAUGGUGCUUUUUGGUCUUGCUAUUUAAUUUUUUUAGAUAUCUGAUUUACCAUUAAAAAUAUUAAUGAGCAAUAGUUACAAUUCCACAAUGAUAAAUCAGGAGUUAAUAACAAGCCUGCUUUGGUUCCCCCUGUCAAGCUCUUUUGCUUGUGGAAUUGUUAUUGACAUUAGGUUAAAUAUAAACAUUGAUUUAUUAGUUGCUUCUCUUCAGAGAGUAGCAGAUGAGAGGACAGCUAAAGCCACAGAACUUGAGCAGAAGGUGGCACUUCUUGAGGUUGAAUGUGCAACUUUAAAUCAAGAACUACAAGACAUGGAAGCCCGUGUGCGCCGGGAACAAAAAAAGUCACCAGAAGAGGCAAAUCAAGUAAAACAGGCUGAAAUGCAAAAAAUGAGAGUUGAAAUGGCUGCCAUGAAGAGGGAUGCUGAGCAUUACUCACGUCAGGUAAUAAUUAUGUGUUCCUUUAAUAUUCUCUUGAAUAAAAUUUAAAUUCACCAGUUGGAUAUAGAAAUAAAUAAAACCUCCGUGUUUCUUUGUGGGCAAAACUUAGACUUAAUGGUCAUACUGCUGCAUUUCCAGUGAAAUUUUCAAGUAACGUCCUCGUGUACUGCAUCAUUUUCUGUAGUUUUUAUCAUAUAAGCUGUCUUGUUUCUAAUUUUGGGGUUAAAUAACAGUAAAAACACUU